AAUGAUGGGAAGCGGAGGCGGAGCUUAGUCGAGACUUCGUCGGAAGCGCUGCGAAAAUGGCGUCUACGGCGGCCGGGAAGCAGCGGAUCCCCAAAGUAGCCAAGGUAAAGAACAAAGCCCCUGCAGAAGUACAGAUCACAGCAGAGCAGCUCUUAAGAGAAGCAAAGGAGAGAGAGCUUGAGCUACUCCCCCCACCCCCACAACAGAAGAUCACAGAUGAAGAAGAGCUAAAUGAUUAUAAACUUCGCAAAAGAAAAACUUUUGAAGAUAACAUAAGAAAAAAUCGGACAGUUAUUAGCAACUGGAUCAAGUACGCACAAUGGGAGGAAAGCCUCAAAGAAAUACAAAGGGCUCGUUCCAUCUACGAGCGUGCUCUAGAUGUGGACUACCGAAAUGUCACCCUUUGGCUAAAGUAUGCGGAGAUGGAAAUGAAGAACCGCCAAGUCAACCAUUCUCGAAAUAUCUGGGACCGUGCCAUCACAACUUUACCAAGAGUAAAUCAGUUCUGGUACAAAUAUACCUACAUGGAAGAGAUGUUGGGAAACAUUGCUGGGACCCGCCAGGUGUUUGAACGCUGGAUGGAGUGGCAGCCAGAGGAACAAGCCUGGCAUUCCUUCAUUAACUUUGAGCUGAGAUACAAGGAGGUGGACAGAGCACGGGCUAUUUAUGAAAGAUUUGUCAUUGUGCAUCCUGAUGUUAAGAACUGGAUCAAGUACGCCCGUUUUGAAGAAAAACAUAGUUAUUUUGCCCAUGCAAGGAAGGUUUUUGAAAGAGCUGUGGAAUUCUUUGGAGAAGAACAUAUGAAUGAACAUCUGUAUGUGGCUUUUGCCAAAUUUGAAGAGAACCAGAAAGAGUUUGAACGUGUAAGAGUAAUCUACAAGUAUGCCCUGGACAGGAUCCCAAAGCAUGAGGCUCAAGAACUCUUCAAAAAUUACACAAUUUUUGAGAAAAAGUUUGGAGACCGGAGAGGAAUUGAGGAUAUUAUUGUUAGCAAAAGAAGAUUCCAGUAUGAAGAAGAAGUGAAAGCUAAUCCACACAACUACGAUGCUUGGUUUGAUUACCUGCGGCUUGUGGAAAGUGAUGCAGAUCCUGAUUCUGUACGUGAAGUUUAUGAAAGAGCCAUUGCCAAUGUGCCACCAAUCCAGGAAAAGAGGCACUGGAAGAGAUACAUCUAUCUGUGGAUUAAUUAUGCACUCUAUGAAGAACUAGAGGCUAAGGAUCCAGAGCGAACAAGACAAGUGUAUCAAGCAUGCAUUGAACUCAUUCCUCACAAAAAGUUUACCUUUGCCAAAAUAUGGCUGUUAUAUGCUCAAUUUGAAAUCAGACAGAAAAGCCUACAGCUUGCAAGACGAGCGCUGGGAACAUCCAUUGGUAAAUGUCCAAAGAACAAGUUGUUUAAGGGCUACAUUGAACUGGAGCUACAGCUGCGGGAAUUUGAUCGUUGUCGGAAACUGUACGAGAAGUUUCUUGAGUUUGCACCUGAAAACUGCACGUCGUGGAUCAAAUUUGCCGAGUUAGAAACCAUUCUUGGUGAUGUUGAUAGGGCCAGAGCUAUCUACGAAUUGGCGAUUGGCCAGCCACGUUUGGACAUGCCAGAGGUUCUUUGGAAAUCCUACAUUGACUUUGAAAUUGAGCAAGAAGAAUACGAAAAUACAAGAAACCUUUAUCGGCGAUUGCUCCAGCGAACACAGCAUGUCAAGGUGUGGAUCAGUUUUGCUCAGUUUGAACUCUCAGCAGGAAAUGACAACAGUGUAAUGCGAUGCAGGCAAGUCUAUGAAGAAGCUAAUAAAACAAUGAGAAAUUGCGAAGAGAAAGAGGAGAGGCUUAUGCUUCUGGAAUCCUGGAGAAACUUUGAAGAGGAGGUUGGAACAGAAACCAGCAAAGAGAGAGUGGACAAACUGAUGCCAGAAAAGGUCAAGAAGAGGAGAAAACUCCAAGCUGAAGAUGGGUCUGAUGCUGGUUGGGAGGAAUACUACGAUUACAUCUUUCCCGAAGAUGCUGCCAACCAGCCUAACCUCAAACUGCUUGCAAUGGCUAAAUUGUGGAAGAAGCAGCAACAAGAUGACAAUCCAGAGCAAGAUCCAGACAAAGACAUUGACGAAAGCAGCCCCUAAUGUUACCUUGGAAUCCCUCUGUUUAUUUUUUUAUAGAACUUUUUUGCAAUGGAUGUAAUAAAUGUUUCCCAAAAAAGGGUAAUGUUUGGAAUGUGGGAGGAAUGGUAACAAUAUCAUUCUACUAUGAUAUAAUUGGUAGGAAACAUAGCAUACCUUUUGUUUUAAAACAGUGGUUCACAACCUGUGGUCCAUGGACCACCAGUGGUUCCCAAGAAUUGAAUUAUGCUCCGCGGCCUCACCAUCAUUACACCAUUGCAACAAUAGCGACUGGUCUCGCAAACCCUUUUAAUGCUGAGGCAACGGGGAUGUCAGGAAGGGAGAGGCUGACUACCUACAAAAGGCGUGACAAGCUUUCUGACGGUUGCUUUUCCUCCUCCCUCCCAUUGAACAGAGCCUUUCCAUAUGGUGCCUAAAAUCAGGGAUGCCUUUGUAUCUUUGUUUUUAGGCCUGUUUUUGGGGUUAUUGGGGUGCUGAUUCAGAAAAUUGCACUGGAUAGACCACAUCAGCUCUCGAUUAUUAAAUGCUGUUUUAUGUGGGUAAGCAGAUAGCGAUUACUGGAUGGCGUAUGUUCUGUAUCAGAAACUAGAGCUGAUGUGGUCUAGCCAAUGCAGUUUUCUGAAUCUGCACCCCAAAUAACCAAUUUUAAAGCUGACCAAAACUGAUUCAUAUCCCUUUUAAUACUAAUGUUGGAAAGUGGGGUCUGGUCAAGUGGUCCCUGAUCUAAAAAAAAGGUUGGGAACCACUGUUUUAAAGGGAUUAUGAAGCCAUGAGAAAAAAUUAAAAACUUUCAACUGAUAUAGUUUUUUGCCAGUUUUAGUUUACUCCUAAUCCUGGUUAGUAAAUGAAAAACCCACCUUUUCACACAUUAGUGUUAUUGAAAGACAAAGUAGGAAAAUGUUUUGUUAAUUAAGUAUUACUCUCUGUAGAAAAAUGCUUUCCUAUGCCAGUCCCCCAAAUUGACAGGAUUACAAGUUGCACUUUCAUGCAUUUGUCAUAAGGUGAUGAUGACAGUUCUAAAUUUCCAGUGGUGGAAUGGUUCCUGUGACUUGCCCAUUAAAAGGAGAGCAGGAAUAAGGGGAUUCAUUACAGAGCUGAAGCAAGAUGGGCCAAAGGAAUUUGUUCAGAUGCUGCUUAUGUACUUCACCAUCCUGCUCUUUUCUUUAAAAAUAUUUUUACAGUACAUCAAUUUAACAUAAUGUGACGGAUACUGUAGAGCACAUUAUUAACAUAAGUAGGGUUCUUACUUCUACACUAAGAAAGAGCCUGGCCAGUUUUAUAAAAACCCUUUUUUACCAGCCAGCAUCUCUUUCUUUACAUGCUGAAUAGUGGGCAGGUCUACUUUAGUCUGUUAGAAGAAAAAACAACUGAGAAAAGCAGAUUAAACCUAUGAAUUGAACUGUAUUCCCUACAACACAAUGUGUGAGUCCACAUAGUAAUAACAUAUAAUAACAAUAUGGGUAUAGACUUCAUUUCUAGAGAAGUGCAGGAUACAAUAGAUCAUGUGGUAGUAAAGAGCCUGACUAUUUUGGCUUUCACUAAAAACGAAGCAGGCCUCAAAAUCCCCCUCUGAACAAAACUUUCCAAUACCCCACCCACAGAAUUCCAAUUUUCUUGGCAUAGGUUGCCAAUUGUUUGAAUACAAAAUUUCCCAGAAAAGAAACAUGGAACAUGUUCCCACAGGCCUAAAUCCAGUUACUAGCCCCCAUUACAAUUCCUUUUAAAAUAAGUGUUAAAGUACAUUGGCCCAUUGGUAAUUUAAUUGAGGAUUUGGGAGUGGAUUGUUUGACAAAAAUUUCAAGACAUAGACCUGAGUAUAUAUAGUAUAUUAAACUCAUGGUUGAGAUUUA